AUAAAAAAAAAAACAAAGAGAUCGAAAAAGAUAUAUAGAAGAGAGAGGUGUGAGGAGGAGGGAUAUAUAUAUGAUGUCUAGUCCGGGGGCAUUAAUAACAAGUCCUCUGUUGCAAGAGGAAUCAUCAGGAGCGGAGGGGGAGAGAGGAUGGUGGGUGGUGAAGGAGGAGGCGGUGAUGGACAACAAGGAAGAAGCCAAGAAUCAGAUUUUGUUCGCCUUACCCAUGAUCCUUACCAACACUUGUUUCUAUUUCAUCACUCUCGUCUCCGUCAUGUUCGUCGGCCACCUCGGCGACCUCCCACUCGCCGCCGCUAACCUCGCCAACUCCUGGGCCAGCGUCUCCGGCCUCUCCUUCAUGAUCUACAGCUUCCCACCUGCUUCAAUUCAUGACCACACAUAUAUCCAGGGGAUGUGGCGAAUGGACAAAGAUGGCCUCGAUAUAUUGUCUUUUGUUAUUUAUGGUGGGACAACAUCUUCGAUGAAUAUUAAUUUGGGCCUUCAAUUCAAGGGGUUGGGGAUGCUCGGAGACGUCAACCCAAGCCGACGCCAAUAUGCACUCCUCCUCCGGUGACCACUUUUUGAUUGACCGUGCUGCCUCGGUCAACGUGCUUUUGGCUUUGUGACUUUUCCGGCGUGUACUUUUUUUCGAUCCGGACGGUUCCGGUUGAGUCUCCGGAACCGAAUCUCGGUCGACGUACCCCGAUUGUUGCGUCUCAUUGAUUGGCGGUCGAUCGCCCCACUCUUGGUAGAACCACAUCGCGGCGUCACUCGGCGGGAGAUCGUCGGGAAAGAAGCCGGAGCCGGAAGGAUUCAUGUUGAAAAUUGGGAGGGGGGUUUGAAUUUCGAAAUUUAAAAAUAAUAAAGAAGAAGAGAUUGAAGAGAAGGUGUGAGAGAUUGGUUUGGGGGGAUGAAUUUAUAGGAAAAUUUUUUUUUUUUUGAAAUCUGGGCUGCAACGGCUUUUUUAGCCGUUAGGAGGGAGCCGCGCAAGAGUCACGCCGCGUCAAACGAAUGACGCAGGGCUCCUCACGCCCGUUUAACGCCGGCGGGGGCGGUGUUUCACGCCCCCGGGGCGUUAAACGCCCCGUAACGCCGGUGGGUGUGAGGAGUAUACCCAGUGCUCUUAAAUAGUUUUUAAAAUGCUAGAGUUCUUGCCAAGUUAACCAAAACUCGUGUACAACUUCAAAAACAAACCCUCGGUAGCCCUAAUAUGAGAGCCUUACGCUGUGUUUGGUUGGAGGUAGGGGGAGGUAAGGUAAGGUAAAGUUGAUAAGUUACCUUGUUUGGGGUGAAAUGGAAGAUGGGUAAGAGAAGGUAGAAGGAGGUAACGUUACCGCUGAAUAGUGAAAAAUGGGUUACCUCCGAAUCGGCGGUCAAGGGAGGUAGAACUUUUCUUUUCCGCUUUGCCCUUCUCCUUUGUCGCACACUCGCACCUCUUCUUCUUCAAUUGAUUCAACCCUUUGCUGCCCACUUCUUCAUCUCUAGGGCUGCAAACCAAAUAUCACGGCCCCUUUUACCGGAUCUCCGGAGCUGUAAAGAUGGCGGCGAUGUCGUCCCAGCUUCAAUUCUCCGCUAUUGCCGGCCUGAAUCAGAUCCAGAGUCGUCAUUUGACCUCUCCAUGCCGGCGUCUUUUUCCCGAUCGU